GCGCGGGCCGGGCGCGCGUGGGCGUGGGGCGCGCUGUCAGCGCGGGCGCGGGGCACCCGGCAGUGGGCACCGGUCCCGUGGCCCGUCCGGCCCGGCUCCCGCGAGGUGCGCUGCGCCCCCGAGGCGAGGUCCGGCGUGGGGUGCCCGUGGAGGCCGCGGGCGCGAGGGGCGGGAAGCGGGCCGCCGGGGCCACGUGACCGGUUUGUUUACAAACACUGCAGGGCCCGGGCAGCUGCCCGCGGCGGGACCCGUGGUGGCGCGGGUCCCCGGGUCGGGGCGGAGGAGCUGUGCGAGAAGCCGGGCAAGCUGCUGAGAACCAGCCCUAGACCUCUGCUUGAGGGUCCUUUCUCUGAAGACAUCACCAGUGUGUGGAGCGUGCCCCACACCCACCCCCUGCUAAACCACGGCCUUUACCUGUGUCUUCCGGUGUUUCCCGUGCGACCCGUCCUGUGGGAGUGCCUCGUGGGCCACUCCAGAGUUCACUCCACGCUCCACGGCGCCAAUGGUGAAGAUGACAAGAUCCAAGACUUUCCAGGCAUAUUUGCCUUCCUGCCACCGGACCUACAGCUGCAUUCACUGCAGAGCCCACUUGGCCAAUCAUGAUGAACUCAUUUCCAAGUCGUUCCAAGGAAGUCAAGGACGAGCAUACCUCUUUAACUCAGUAGUUAAUGUGGGCUGCGGGCCUGCAGAAGAGCGAGUGUUGCUAACAGGAUUGCAUGCAGUUGCAGACAUUUACUGUGAAAACUGCAAAACCACUCUGGGCUGGAAAUAUGAACAUGCCUUUGAAAGCAGCCAGAAAUAUAAAGAAGGCAAAUACAUCAUUGAGCUAGCACACAUGAUCAAGGACAAUGGCUGGGACUGAUUGGAGGGUAUCCACCUACCCCAGUGUCCACGUGAACGCCAUCCAACCAAACAUUCUACCCAAGCGUGAGAGAGUGACUGAACACUUGGUUCCAUCCAUUUAGGGGCCUUGCCAUCUGGGGCAUUCUCCCACCCUGAAGCCGUCUUUCUGGUGACCGGCCUCUAAAUCGCUGUCUCUCUGUCUCUUUGCUUUGUAUCUGUUUGUGAGUUGAUCCUGGCUUCUCUCUGUUCUAGUGUUGGCUGAAAACAAAACAACGAAAGGAACAGAUGCCUGACCGCAUGGGGCAGCCCACCUUGAUAAGGGCCCUGGGGCUCAUUAAGAGCUGCUUGAUGGCCUCUUGUCAGGAGAGCAGUGGCACAGCACGGGGGUGCAAGGAAGAAGGAAAUGGGGAGCCGUGAGGGUCCCAGGGCUGGUCAGGGGACGGGACGUUAGAGGUAGGAACAAAAUUGUGCUGCUCCUGGAGUCCUGGUAACUUAGGCUUGAAAUAAUCGACUUGUCUAAAAGGACAAAGAAAAAAAAUACCUCAUGACUGCAUUCUCUCUGAUCAGAAGCUCUGUUCCUGAACCAGCUGUGUCCGGUUAGCAUGUGAGCACAAGAAUGCGCCCUAACUAGUGGGACAGGGGCCUGGUCCUCCUGGGUCCAGCUGGGGGUGUCCUGGCAGCAGAGAGUGCAAAGCCCAGAUGGUUUUGAUAACUCUGAUGCCUCAGUGCCCCUUCAGGUAAUCUUCUUUGCCUCUUCAGCCACUGUUGGUGAGAGGAUGGGAGACUGCCUUUUGCAAUGGGUGCAAGAUCCAAACAUCCCAAAGGCUUUGACCACCAACCAAGUAAAAUCAGUAAUUGAGAACAGGGAACAAAGGGGGCUGUAGUUUGGGAGCUCCUACAGAAAUGGCUCAGAUAUUGGGCCAGAAAAAAAAAAAAAAAAAGUAGAACCAGCUAGCAGUUCUGUCUGACCUUUUUUUCCUGACCCUUAAUAAGAGAAGAGCAUUGUGGCAAGGAAGGGGGUGAGGUGGGGAAAUGCUGGGAAUAGUUUAGAUUUGAGCCAUUACAGGUUAGUGUAUAUUUCCACUUUGGUAUACAAUGGCUUCAGUGAGAUCAGCAAUUCUUUGUACAUAGAGUUUUGGUUGUUUUUCUCCAGUUCUAUCAUUGUAGAUUGUGGAAAACAAAGUCCCAAGGCUUUGAGCUUAGUGAUAACCCAGCCAGUAGAUUCCUCAUGCCCCUAGCUAUUCUCCUUGGACUUGAAUGCUUUGUGUGGAGAGAAAUUGUCAGAGUGGUCCAGCAGUGGGGAGGGCUUAGAUAUGAUGUCAAACAUCAAGUUAUAAAUUCUGAUAUUAGCCCCCACCUCCCAUCUCCCAAACCAAAGUUGAUUAUAUUAGGGAAGUGGGGAACAAAUCCCUAUAAGGCUCAUGAGAGAAAGGAGUUUGUUACAGUUAACCGACACUAUGAAGUGUUUUCUACAACACUUCAGCCAGUACAUGGUGCAUGACCGAAACUCAUUUAACUGAGUUAAUUUUAUUGCUUAGACUGAAAAUGUAAUUAUUGUUAAGAUAUGUGCAGGUUAUGUUAGAGUAUCUCAUUCUUGAAAGGGGGCUGAUCCCAUAGAAAAAAUUCACCUAAAAAGU